UUCUUCAGCUGCUUUAGGAUGCGACUCGGCCUGACAUUGUCGCUCGUCUCAUCGUUUCAAAUCUUUCAACAAUCAGUCAUUAAUGAGCUUCAUGACAUCGACAAGAAGGCAGUCGUGUUUUCAAUCGCAAGUGCUGCAUUUCCGUUAGGUCAAUUUAUUUCGACCUUAUUCCUCGCAUUCUAUCCGAUCUCGGCUAAACGUGGCCUAAUAGCAGAUGCAUGGCUUCUUAUCGUAGGAUCUAUAGUUACCCUUAUACCAAGAAUUAUUGCCUUGACAACAGUUGCUACCGAAGCAUACUCGGAUGAAAUUUUUUGGUCAAUCAUCUGCAUCGGUCGUUUUUUGGUCGGUUGUGGAGCCGGUCUGGGCUUCGUCUGUGUGACGAUCGUACUCUACGACGAGAUCCCCUAUGCGGCUCGACCGGCUCAUUUUCUCAUCCUCGGCCUUGCGUUCGCUUUUGGGACCUUGGUCAUCAAUGUUACCCCACUGAUCAGCGUACCCGAUCUGGCAAUCAUUCUCUUCGCUUCUGCCCUUAGUGCACUUUCUGGAAUCAUCUACCUUUGGUUCAAACCAACAUCGAAUUAUACGUUAGAAAAGUUUUCAAAUGAUCAAUCGCAAAGUAAGGCCUCGUCGUUCCCUACGGCUCUUGUUUACGUGCUGAUGGCGCUAAAUGUGAGCAUCGGCGUCCCAGCCAUUCUUGCCUUCUCGAAAGGAAUUUUUGAAAAGUUUGGUCUCGACUCCACUGCCUCUGCUUAUCUAUCAAUAGCAUUCCCCCUAGUCCAAAUGGGCAUCAUUCUUAUAUUAAAUAAAAAUGUUUUGAACAGAAAGAGACUCAUCGUUGGCGGCUAUAUUGUAGCCGUCUUCAUACAAAUAGUCCUACUUAUCACAUCACUUUACUCACUCAUGCCUGAAUUUCAUCAAACAAUCGCUGUCAGCGCGUUGUUCUGGAUGCUUGCCGUCGUCGUUUGUGUACCAUGUAAUACCGCACUCUGUCUGAUAACAGAACAAUUCUCGUCAUCAAAUGAGCAAAUGUUAUACGCUAGUCGAGGACGAGCAUUAAUGUGGGUGCUGGCCACCCUGAGCACUGCCUCAUUUGCAUACACGAUGGAAAAAUACGGGUUUGCUGUGUGUUUUGCACCAUAUGUCGCCAUCUCUGCAGUUCUACUCUUCAUCUUGAUAAAGAUAUAUCCAGAGAAAGAUUAG